UAACAGCUUUUGUCUUUUCUUAGAUGGCAGAUCUGGAAAAUAAAAUUAAAAUUGAAGGCCCUCAAUCACCAUUAACAUAUGCAGCAUUGACAACACAUGGGGAUCAACCAACCGAAUCGACAACCUUUAUGGAUAUGUUGGAGGAAGUUGAGUGUAAAAAAUGCAAAGACUUGAAAGAAAAACUAAAAGCUGCAGAGGCUGCAAACAAAUUUCCCGAGCCAUCAGAAGACGUAUUAAAUUUUAUGGAGUCGGUGCUCUCUAUAUACAGACCUAGAUCCGUUAUGGCUGCACAACAAGGUAGGAAGCGACUACUAAGUGGGUAUGACGUGUAUAUUCCAAAUGUGAUGUGGAAUAAUAUAGAAUCCUCAAGUGGGCAGAGUGGAAGGAGAUUGCUAAGAAAUCUGAUAAGGGCAGUUUUUACAGAAUCUGAGCUUGCUGAGUCAGCUGGACUGGGACUGCGGAAACAAACGGUUGGCUCAAAGUCACCGUUGGACCCAAAGAAGGUUCAAUGUCUAAAAUUAUUUGUGAACAACUACUGCGAGAAAAAUAAAUGGGUGAUUCCGUCUGUUACCGAAGUCAAUAAGGUCUUUGCAGACGCCGUAGGUAGAGCAAGAAGCAUCCAAAAACAUACUUAAGUGUGUUAAAUGCUAAUGUGUAUGUGAAUAAAUAACAGUAGUAAUAUAUUGUAGUAGAUGUAAUUAAAUACCGUAAAACCUCGAAUUGAAGCCAUUGGCUUCUUGUUUUUAUUGUGAACUUUAGAUGGGCUUCCUUUCAGAGAUGGGCUUCUUUUCAAGAUGGGCUUUUUUCGAGGCUACUUUUGGAAAGUAAAGAGGGGGGCUUCUUUUCAAAAUGAAUGCUGCAAAUUUUGUGAAUUUAUCCUAUAAAACAAUAAAUGAGAGAAACUGUAACAUCAAUUUGUAUCGUGGAGUGGACUUAACUGAUAUUGGCACCUAAAGUACUGUAUAAACCAAGCUUGUUUUUAAUUUAUUUUGUUUUGAAAUUCAUGUACAGUGUAUGUACUGUACUAUCUCGAAAAGAAGUCUAUGCUAUCUUGAAAAGAAGCCCAUGGACUUCAUUUCGAGAUGGGCUUCUUUUCGAGGCUAAUUUUGCAAACUAGACAGGGGUGGGGUGGCUUCAAUUCGAAAUAGGCUUUUAUCUCUCGAGAUUAAGCCAAUUGGGCUUCAAUUCGAGGUUUUACGUAAGUUAAUUCAAACAUUUUAUACCCACGUACUUGGAUUACUCUUCCUCAAAAUAAUGUUUUUAUUCUUUAGGAUAUUAAUCUAUAUGAAUAAAUCUAUAUAAAUGUUGCUUGUUUAAAUUUUCCAACCAUAAGGUUUAUUAUGUAGUGAGGCCUCAAAUAUUUUUCGGCAAAUUAUACCGAGUGAAUAUUGGUAUGUUAUAUAAAAGUAAUUAACAUCUUUUGUAUAUUUUAAAUUAGUUUUACAGCUAUUUAUGGUAGGCCUAUGUUUUUAAAUUGAUUUUUUUUAAUGCGAUAUAAGUGAAAUAGUAUCAACUUUUUUACCACUUUCGGGUAUCUAUAUGAAUAAGCCUAUGUUAUUUUUCCCAACCUUGAGAUUUACUAUGUGGUGAACUCACAUAUUUGACUAUUUUUGAAAAUAAUAGUACUGUAUAUCUAUAAAUGAUAAGAUAACAUUAUUGGUGUAUAUUAAUUAAGUUUUAACUAUUUAAAGUAAAUAUUUGUGAAUUGAGUAAAAUGAGGUAAAAUGUAAAAUAGUAACAUUAGCUAUUAAUAUCACUUCAAGCUAUUUAUUAUAGUACUAAUUAAUAUCACUGACAAUAUAUUCAGGUAACUGCUUUGGAUGUCAAAGUGAAGUAAUAAAUGUUUUGAAAGCUUGAUAA